AUGGCACUCUUAACUUUCAAGUCUUCUUUGGAAGACCCAUCAAAUCGUUUAUCUUCAUGGCAAGAAGGCAGCCAACAUAAAAACUGUUGCAGUUGGCAUGGUAUUGGAUGCUCAUAUGACACUUUUCAUGUUGUAUCAAUCGACCUCCGGAAUGUACACUUAGAAAAUUAUAUGGACGAAGCUAUGAACGGUGAAGAAACCGUCAUCCAACUAAGCAGUUCAUUAACAGGUAAACUGUCUCCUUCUCUAUUCAACCUUACUCAUUUAGAGUAUCUAGAUCUUGCCUUCAAUGAUUUUCAUAAUCUGGAACCGGAAAUCCUAUUUCGGUUUUCUGAGCUAACUAAACUCACCCACCUUGAUCUCUCAAACACCAACUUUACAUCAUCAAUUUCCACACAUUUCGGCAACUUAUCAUCUUUAGUAUACCUUGAUCUAUCUUGCAAAUCAAUCUCUUAUUUUCAUGGAGAUUAUUUUCCUUUUCCUUAUAUUCCUACGUUUUGCUUAAAUUCGUCAUCUACACAAUGGAUGAGAGGUUUAGUAAAUCUCCAGGUACUAAGGUUGAGUGGUAUUGAUCUAUCUGAUCAGGCCACAUCUUCAAAACUGAAUUUCGCACAUCAUAUUCCAUAUCUUUCGAAUCUUAGGAAACUCGACAUCUCUAAUUGCAGGAUAUAUGACCCAAUCCGUCAUAAGUUUCACAAUCUUUCCCGUCUAGUCUCUCUUAAAAUGGGUGGCAACUUCUUUAAUUCCUUAAUACCAUUACAACUGGCUAAUUUAACUGCACUUAUAACUCUUGAAUUACCUUCUUGUGGUUUAUAUCAAGGUUCGUCGAUUCCUUAUCUUCCUCAACUUAAAGAGAUUGAUGUGAGUGACAAUCCAUAUCUUCACACUGAUCUAACUAGAAUGUUUCCCAGCAGUUGGCCUAAAUUACAAAAACUUCAGAUAUCAUCAACUAAUGCAACUGGAUACAUUCCGAGUUCAAAUGCACCACAAUUAGUCAGUUUUUCUGCCUCAGGGUGUUCAAUUCAAGGAUCCUCCGUGCCUUUUUCAUUCUACAAUCUUUCUCUGUUGCAGUAUCUAGACCUCUCCAAUAAUAACAUUACAAGUAAUCUUUCUUCGAUCUCCAGUUUAAAAAAACUACACUUUCUCGACUUGUCUCACAAUAAUUUUCAAGGACCCAUACCAAGUUCAAUCUGCAAAAAAUUUCUACUUCGACAACUUUUUUUAGAUAGUAAUAAUAUCACAGGAGUAUUACCAAGUUGCAUUACCAUGCUCAAAAACCUUGUUGACAUUCGUAUAUCUAAUAACGCUAUCCGGGGCACUGUCUCACUGAUCUCUUUGAUUAGCAAAUUCAAACUAACAAGUCUAGACCUGUCCUCAACUAAGCUGACCAUUGACGUAGAUGAACGCGUGCAUCUGUACUCUAAACCUACAUUGGAGACUUUAAAACUGGGGAAACUGCAUCCGAACGUAUUCCCUACUUUCAGUUGCAAUUUGACUCAUCUUAAGCAAUUGAAUUUGUCUCAUUCCAACCUCAUGGGACCUAUUCCUUCUUGCAUCUCCGAACUCAAAAAUCUCUUGUACUUGGAUUUGUCUAACAACAAACUCCGUGGUCCUCUUCCUGUUUUACCUCAAGGUAUCUAUCAUUUGGAUUUAUCACAAAACAAGCUUGAUGGUGAGAUCUCAUUAAAAGCUGGAGAAAGAAUAUCGAGUGCUAGAGAAAUUAGUCUAAAUGGGAACAAACUUUCGGGUACCAUUCCAUUUUCAAUAUGUUCACCAGAACCAAGGAAAACAUAUGAUCCGGUAUUCAUUGAUCUCUCAAAAAACAAACUGUCUGGGACUAUACCUUCUAGUAUAGGGUCAUGCAGUUUACUUUGGUAUUUAAACCUAGGCAACAACAAUCUUUCUGGAAAUGUUCCGAAUGAACUUCAACAAGUAGAACGUCUACAAUAUCUUCAAUUAAGCCAUAACAACCUCAAUGGUACUUUCCCCAAGUCCAUAGAAAAACUUUACUCCUUGCAAGGUCUCGACUUAGGAUAUAACAACUUUGAAGGUAAUAUACCGUCUGGUUUUGGUUCACCGACUGACCUUAGGAUUAUUUCUUUAAGGUCAAACAAGUUCAAUGGGUCCAUUCCUAUAGGGAUUUACAAUACCUUUUUCCUUCAAAUAUUAGACUUGUCAAUAAACAAUUUCUCAGGUCCCAUUUCAAGAGAAAUAACAAAGUUGAUGAUGCUAAAAGUUACAACUACUCUGUACCUAAGCCGAACGCAAAAUGGUAAAAUGCAAUUUCAGUUAGCCAUUAAAGGCAGCGUGGCACAAUUUGAUGAUCUAUACGAAUAUAGUUCAGGAAUUGAUCUAUCAUGCAACAUUCUGGAUGGCAAAUUCCCACAGAGAUAG